AUGACAUGUUUGGUGUUUAUCAUUUCGCCAUUGCGUUUUAUGGUACUUAACAAGGUCCUGGGAGUUAAACAGACGCGCACAUCACCGUACCACCCUUCUGGGAACGGGUUGGUAGAGCGCUUCCACAGAACCCUGAAACAAGGACUCCGCUGCCAUAAAGACAAAUGGACUCGUGCUCUACCACUGGUUCUAUUAGGAAUUCGAGAGACAGUAAAGGAAGAUCUGCAGUGCACCGGCGCAGAACUGGUUUAUGGUGUUCCUCUUCGAUUACCAGCAGAAUACUUGGAAGAACCAGCAAUUAAUAUUGAACCCCACGAUUUUCUACAAAAGUUUCGUCAAUCCAUGCAGUCGUUAAAAUCUACUCCUACUGCUUCCCACGACAAAAGAUCGAUAUUCAUUCAUCCUUCUUUAAGUAAAGCCACCCACGUAUUUGUUCGGGUUGACGAUGUUAAAAAAUCUCUUCAACCUCCAUAUAAUGGACCCUACCUGGUAAUGCAAUGUACAGACAAGACCUUCACCCUAAAUAUUAAUGGUAAACCUUCCGUAAUCAACAUCGACCGACUCAAGCCCGGCUUUCUGCUCAACCACGAACCAGACCGUCCACCUCCACAUCCACCACCAGAUCCAGUUCACCAACCAGUUCAACCCUUCCAGCAACCUGAAGCAUCUGUUACAAUAACUGUUCCGGACGACGAGUGA